CUGCCCAUAGCAUGCAUAGAAAAAAGUUAACAUAAAACACAGCCCUAUUCUUUAUAAAUAUUGAGGUAUGAAGAGAAUGGGACAAUGGUCAGUCCACCUGGGUGUGCGACAGCUUCUGCUCAGCUCCUAGGACAUUCUGGAGGACAGCGUGAAGAUGCUGCAGCUCGGUAUAACAUUGAUCAUUUUACUGGUGCAGGUGUCUGGAGAAGGGCAGUGGUGCUACUCUUCUCAGAACCCUGCAUGUGGCCCUGACCAUUGGAAGGACAUUAAUCACAACUGUGGAGGGGAUCAUCAAUCACCUAUUAAUAUUGAAAAAGCCAAAGUAAAGAGAGACAGCCACUUGGGUGACAUCACCUUUAACGGUUAUGAUCACGCCCUAUCUGCUGAAUGGAAGCUUAUGAAUGAUGGACACUCAGUUCUGCUGAGCCUAUCUGGAGAUAUAAGUAUCGGUGGUGCGGGUUUACCCAACACAUACAAGGCCUUACAGUUCCAUUUUCACUGGGGAAGCCCAACCAAAGAUGGAUCAGAACAUACAGUGGAUGGCAAGCAGUUCCCACUUGAGCUGCAUAUCGUUCACAUGAAUGCCAGGUACAGUAGUGUCACCGAAGCUAAGAAAGACCCUCAAGGCUUGGCUGUGCUAGGCAUACUGAUAAUGGUGGGAGAAGCAGAUAAUCCAAGUUAUAGUCCCUUAGUGUCCUCUAUGAAGAAUAUAUCAUUGGAAGGGGACUAUGUACAGAUAACACCAACAUUUCCCCUGGAAAGCCUCCUCCCAGCUCAUGGGAAAUUGUCAAGAUACUACAGAUAUCAAGGUUCCCUUACAACUCCUGAUUGCUCACAGGCUGUCAUUUGGACAGUGUUUGAGGAUCCGGUGACCAUCAGUGGGACUCAGCAUCGAAUCCUGACGGACACAGCUCAUUUCUCAUCUCAGGGAGAGACCCCAGUGAAAAUGUGGGAGAAUUUCCGACCACCUCAGCCACUUAAGGGACGUCAAGUAUUGGCUUCCAAAGAUGCCACUGUGAGCUGCUCACCUGGCCUGUGUGCUCCAGUAUUAACCUUGUGUAUGAUUUGCCUGGCAGUCAGGAUAUUGCUGAAUUAGAAUAAUAUGCUAUCAUCUAAAGAAUUUCACAGAGAAGACUUACUGAAUUUGUGAACUUGGAAAUACAAACAAGCACUGAUUGAAUCGUUGAAUCGCACAAUAGAACAUGAUUAGGCUGGCAUGAUCACAGAUAUUAUCUCCUUGAAAACCAGCUAUCUAUGUCUCCGCAAUUACUUUAUAAUUUUCAAAACUGACUGCCACUGAGCCACCGUGAAUAAGUGUCUGGUUCCAUGAAAUAAAACGUGCCAUGCUGACCACCAUAAACCAUGUUGAUUUGUAAAGUUAACUAUUUAGAACAGUAGGUCCCUAUGGAGCUCCUUUGGAUCCUAGGUCCAAGCUCUGUAUGGAUCUUUGACUCACCCCCUCUUCCUAACAUUCUGCCAUUUGACGCUUCAAUGACCAGGUUUUAAAGUGUAUGUACAGCCAAAACCUAUUUUAGUUUUAAGAUAAUGUUGAAAAGGGUUAAAACCACUAUCAAAGUAAUUUUUUAUUGUCUGAGCCCAGUUGGGGCAAUUCACUAAGCCACUGUGAAUGAGUGUCUGGUUCUAUGAAAUAAAUCGUGCCAUGCUGACCA